AUGGCCACCACCUCCGUCGCCGCCUGCUCCCCCCACCCCCACCUCUCCCGCCCCCGCCGCCGGAACCCCAGCGCCACCUCCACCUCCAGAGCCUCGAUUCGGGGCCGCCUCCCGCCUAUCCGGUGCUCGUCCGCCUCCUCGUCGCCGCCGCCGGCCACAGGCGGCGAGGAGGGGGAGUCGGGGCGCCGGCAGCUGUCGAAGCAGUCGUCGUGGGAGGCGAAAGAUGCGGAGGGGGAGGACUACCUCUACCGCCUCGGGAAGGAAGCGGACAACCUGAACGUCACCGUCGGCGCACGGUCCGGCAUCGUCGACGACCUCUUCGUCGGAAACUUCCUCGGGAAAGACUCGGAUAUUGUGUUCGAUUACCGGCAGAAGGCAACUAGAACAUUCGAGUACCUGCAGGGGGAUUACUACAUCGCACCCGCCUUCCUCGAUAAAGUUGGGAUCUGGGGCGGAAAAGGCCAAGGAAAAACAUUCCAGACUGAACUUAUAUUUAGAGCAAUGGGUGUGGAGCCCGUUAUUAUGUCUGCUGGUGAACUAGAAUCUGAAAAAGCAGGUGAACCAGGGAGGCUAAUACGUGAUCGAUACAGAACUGCCUCCCAAGUAAUCCAAAACCAAGGGAAAAUGAGUUGCUUGAUGAUCAACGAUCUAGAUGCUGGUGUUGGAAGAUUUGGAAACACGCAGAUGACAGUCAAUAAUCAAAUAGCUGUCGGAACUUUGAUGAACUUGGCAGAUAAUCCUAACAGGGCGAGCAUCGGCCAGAAAUGGAGAGAAUCUGAUGUUACACACAGAGUGCCAAUAAUAGUUACUGGAAAUGAUUUUUCAACUCUAUAUGCACCCUUAAUUCGUGAUGGCAGAAUGGAAAAAUUCUACUGGCAGCCAACCCGUGAAGAUAUAAUUAGUAUUGUUCAUGGCAUGUAUAGAAAGGAUGGAUUAUCUGUUGAAGAAGUAGCAAGAGUUGUAGACGCAUUUCCAAACCAAGCUCUGGACUUCUAUGGAGCUUUGAGAUCCAGGACAUAUGAUCAGGCUAUCUUGGAGUGGGUCGAAGAAAUUGGUGGACAUGAACAGCUAAGGGUAAAGCUUCUUAAGCGAAAGAAAGGAGAGGAGCUUCCAACAUUUAUACCCCAAAGGUUCACAUUUAAUAGUACUAGUACUGCAAUAAGAAAGUCGCAGAAAUCCUAUACCCGACUUUCUUGCUACAUUCAGGAACGAACAAUUCCGCUAGGAAAUUCUUAG